AUGCCGCUUGAAGUCAGAUCCAACGAAAUCAGUCUUGCCGAACGGCAGGCUACUGGCAAUCGCCAGGCUACGAGGCAGGAGUCUGCCCGAGAGCGACUGGGGUCUCUUGAACAAGCGACCGCUGGCAGCGCCGUGCUUGGAAAACGUGCCAGCGCAAAGAGGGCACGCCAACUUUUGACGCGCUUAUUGCGGGGCCAUGUCAAUGGGCUCUGGGAGUUUGACGACGCCCGUCUGACGAUGAGCGAGCUUAGGGCAAUCGCACAGUUAGACCCGGAAGAAGGAUCAAGGCGAGCGCGACUGCUUGUCCUUCGGCCUGAUGUUAGCGAGAUGACAGGGAUUCUCAUAUGGAGGCGCAUCGUUAACCGUCUCGCGAUCCCCGAAACCAUUAUGGCUAUACUCGACCAGGCAGAAAGCCGAAGAAGCUUCACGAAAGUUCAAGAAUCUGCCAUGCCGAGCCAAGACCUCCGGCGACAAGCCAACGCUAUUAUCCGAAGAGAGGCCUGGGUCGGUGACUACCGAGUUUCGGAAACAUCACGAGUGGCCGAGUGUCGGCCUCGCAAGGGCCGUAUUGUGGUGCUGAUGUCGACCGUCGAGGAAGAAUCAUGUGAGGCGGUAUCGAGUGGGUAA